CCCCCUUCACAGGAUGUCGGUAGCAUGCCCUGGAUUCUCAGUCUUCGGAAUAAAGCGAGCGAGAGAGAGAGAGAGAGAGAGAGAGAAACAGGAGUAGGGGACAUGCCCGACUAGCUGGCGGGAUUGAUGAGCAGCUAACUGAUGAGAUGACUCGUCACUGAAACGACAGAUUAGAUGUGAUCACAAGACACCAGUCUGUUCCAACUGCGUCAGGUACGGCUUGGAAUGCGCCUGGCCCGAAGGCCGUCGCUCAUCAGGACGCCGCCAGAGACCGUAAGUCGCUAAUUACCAUCCUUCCUUCACCUUCAAUCUCACAUACCAUGGAGCGAGAGUGAGAGGGUAAGAGAGAGGGGGAGGGGUUUGGUUCAUGUGACCCUUAUCUCCGACGAUGCUUAGCUUACCUGAUGGCUGCUGACACACUCGCCAUGUCGCUGGGUCCAACAGACUCUACGAAGAUGUAGUCUCGAGACUGGCUCAGAUGGAGAAGCUGGUGGAGGAGCUCCAAUCCUCAAAGCCAGAGCAGGAGGCACCAGCAACCGUGUCACCCCGACCGGCGCCAACGUCGUCGUCGAUACAGCAGUCUCCCUUGCCGAGGCGAAAGGCCAGCAGUGCGAGCCCUUCGUCGGGUAACCCGGACUUUCAUCCCUCGCCGCCGUCGGUCACAUCGUCGACAAAGUCGAGGCCGUACUAUAUCGGAGGCCCUGAUGACAGUUCGGUCGUCGCAGCAGGCACCUCUUCUCUGCUUUCAGCGCAAGGCGUGGCCCAGAUUGAGCUUCUCAUUGGAGACGCUAGAUUCACCAAUGCUCUGUAUAGUUUACGGACAAAGGUUAUGGAUCUACACCAACAACCAUUCUUGAGCCCUGCCGAUCUAAACAACCCCUUACCUCCUAACCAUGUCAUCAUAGACUGCGUCAACGAGUAUCUCACGAUGUGGAACGAGGUCGUGCGGAUCUUCCAGGAGCACGAGUUGCGAGACGCGCUACGGUCCUACACCCAAGGCCAGCCUUCUGCCGACCCAGGUUGGCUGAUGGCCCUCAAUGCCAUCCUGGCACAUAUCAUCCGCGACAGGAAUUGUAUGCGGAACAAGGAGGAGUACCAGAAAUACAUCUACAAUGCCCUCGGGAUGGUUCCCAACAUCAUCCUACGCACGCCGACGCCCAUGACGAUAGGGGCACUUUUGUUGACUGUCGAUUACUUCAACUUCACGUCCGAGAAUCACAUCGCCAUGAGUCUCAUGGGCCUCACUGUACAGCUCCUUAUGAUGGCGGGCUAUCACCGCCUCGAGGAACACUCACCCCACCCGGACCCGCAGAUCGACCCCGUGAACCGCCUCCACCGUCGCCGCCUCUUCUGGCGAGCGUACAUCCUCGACCACGACCUCAUGCUACGGAUGGGUAAGCCCCCGCUCAUCAGCAACGACUUCCUCCUCGACCUGCCCGAGGAGCACCCGGCAGACGGCUACGGCAUAUACUGCUACCCUGACGGCGUGACGCUCAACUUUUUCCGCCAGCAGGUCCGCCUCGCCCAGAUCCAGGGCCACAUUGCCGCUGCGCUGUACUCCCGCAUCGACACGCCGCUCGCCGAGCUCGAGGCCGAGAUCCGCCGCCUCGAUGCCGAGUUGCAGGAGUGGCGCGAGAGUAUCCCCCCCAUGUUCCGCGCCGAAAACGCCGAAGCGCUGCUAGACGGCGACUAUCGCAGGAUGGCGCACCUGACGGUGCUCCACUUCACAUAUUUCCAGCUCGUCGUGGCCAUCCACUCGGCCGCUUUCAGGUUGCCUUCGCUGGGGGAUCAGGAGGGCACAGAAACCAUCGACAUAGGCCCGAGUCUCGCUCUAUGCGUGGGUGCGUCGCGCGCCUCCAUCUCGCUCCUGAAUUACCAUCAGGUUGGCCGUAUCUUCACACCGUUCCUGCUGUAUCAAGUUGCCUGGAGCGUAGACAUCCUCUUUGUCAACAUCAUCCAGAACAGGACGAACCCCCGCGCGCAUCGCGACCUUGAACUCAUCCGCAACCUCAUCGGCUUCUUCGAGAAGUACGACCCGCUGCACCAGUCGGUGGUGUCGUACCACACCAUCAAAGUCAUGGCCGACGUCGCCGCCUCCGUCCUGGCAAACACCCCAACGCUGCCGCCGCACAUGCUCCCCGCCCCCCUCGGGCCCUCGCCCAUUCCCGAACAGUCCCCACAAGCCGCUCCGUCGACGGCGGGGGUACCCGUGGGUGCCUUCUCGUCCCUGAUGGGAGGAGCUGGACCGGUCGGCAGUGGCGGUAUCAGUAGUGGUGGCACUGCCGACAUGUUGCGCUCCAUGACGACUCUUUCCAUGUCUGACACGCAGCACCAGGGCUUCAUGGGCAUCGCGGGGGAGCCGAUGCAACCUAACGAGAGCCAGUUCUUUCCAGGUUUCGUAAACAUGGCUGCCGACUGGCGGCUGCCCAUGGAUUUCCAGCCGGAGCUGUGGCAGUAUGACAGUGUUUUGACUAACCAGUUUCCCAACCAAAAUGUAGAAUAACCCGCAGUUGUUGGACCAGAGCUAGAGAGGCAGGCUUUAUUUUCUUCUUUUCCCUCUUUUCUCUUUUAAUUCCUUCUCUACGAAAUUGUAAGCGUUCCUCUGCCCCUUGGAGUAAUCCGCACCUCCGUGGAAAUGCACCCCCUAUCGAUAGUGGGAGAAACAAAGUCCGGGGUAAACAAGCAAUCGUGACGUCAGCCCUCUCCUGCCGGGCUUGUCGGUUUCACGUUUUCCACCCUUUGACCACCAGAGUUUCCUCGGAACCCGAACGACAGAAACCGGCAAGUGCGACCGACGCCGGCACUUCUUCGCCUUGGUCUUCCUCUCCUCUGCUC